CGCCUUUAACAAUUCUGAAACGGAUUCUGUCUUUUUUGAAUAAAGUUUUAAUCCGCUGCAUUCACACCAUGCUGACUCUAGGCGAUAUUGAUGGAUUAAUUGAAACUCUGAUUACACUCAACGGUGCAUAUUGCACACUUGAUGAGCAAAUCCUUCGCUCGUUGUGUCUAAAGGCACGCGAGGUAAUGAUACGACAGCCCAUGCUGUUGGAGCUGGAAGCGCCGCUUAAAGUAUGCGGCGACAUACAUGGCCAGUUCUCAGAUUUAUUGCGCAUUUUCGAGAGCUGUGGCUGGCCACCGAAAUCAAAUUAUUUAUUUCUCGGUGACUAUGUCGACCGUGGUCAGCAGUCGCUUGAAACCAUUUGCCUGCUGCUGGCCUUCAAAAUACGAUAUCCGGAGAAUUUUUUUCUACUCCGUGGAAACCAUGAAUGCGCCAGUGUUAAUCGUAUCUACGGGUUCUAUGAUGAGGUUAAGCGUCGAUAUAAUGUGAAGCUAUGGCGUUGCUUCACCGAUUGCUUCAACUUCUUUCCUGUUGCGGCAGUUGUGGCCGAUCGAAUCUUCUGCUGCCAUGGCGGCCUCAGUCCCAAUCUGCAUACCAUGGAUCAAAUCAAGUGUCUGGAACGACCUACCGAUGUCCCCGAUCAGGGCCUGAUGUGCGAUUUACUUUGGGCCGACCUGAAUCACAAUGGUAUUGGCUGGGGUCGUAAUGUUCGCGGGGUCAGUUUCACCUUCGACGAGGCUCUUGUGCGCAGCUUUCUGAAGCGUCACAAAUUCGAUUUGAUGAUUCGUGCCCAUGAGGUAGUAGAGGAUGGCUACGAAUUCUUUGCCAGUCGUCACCUCAUAACAUUAUUUUCUGCUCCCAACUACUGUGGACAAAUGAAUAACGCGGCCGCCGUAAUGAACAUAAGCUACGACCUGACCUGCUCCUUCACCAUUCUGCAACCGACAGUAAUAUAUGGAAGUUGUUCAAAAACAGCUAUAGAGCUGUACAAUAAAAACUAAAUUUCAAAUGUUGAA